CGAGCCCUUUCGUGGUCACAAGUCAUAACCUUCUGAAGUCAGCAAUUUCCCAAAUAUAUCCAACUGUCAACUCGACAGCCUUGACUGGACAGGCCUCUGCGUUUCUUCACUUUCAGCUACCUAACUGUCAACUUGGCAACCUCUGAAGUCUGAAGCUAAUCCUGAAGAGGUUUUACUUCGGAAACGCAGAAAGAAAAUAGAUAAUGUUAAUUUUGAUGGUUCUGCUCUCAAAUAUAAUGGGCGAUCCUCUUGCUCGAGCAAGAUUGUGGACAGAGUGACUUUAGAUAUCAUCUAAUGCCUACUGAUGUGUGCCUCCCGCAAGCAACAUUUUCAAUCAGGAAGAAGAGCCAGAAAAAGUUUAAUCUAAUGGAAGAAUCACGGUAUCCUUUUCUUCCACUUGAUAUUCGGGAGUCUGCAUCUUCUCGGAACACCAAUAGAUCUAAUUUAGAUGGGUCUGGAAGUCGUGGGUCUGGAAGUUGUGAGUCCAGUCUUACAGCAGAAUUGAAGAAACGAGGUCAUGGAAGUCGAUCUUGGAUAAAAAUUGAUAAAAAUGGAAACUCAAAGAUUUUGAAGCUUGACAAGGCUACUAUAAUGACACAUUGUUGUGUGCCUGCUAGGGAUCUCCGACUUUUGGACCCCUUGUUCAUUUAUCCUUCUACAAUAUUAGGAAGGGAGAAGGCUAUUGUGGUCAGUCUUGAACAGAUCAGGUGUAUAAUCACUGCUGAUGAGGUUAUCCUGAUGAAUUCCUUGGAUGAAUGUGUUGUUCAGUAUAAGUCAGAAUUGUGCAAACGCCUUCAGACAAACAUGGAUCAAGCUGAGGAUCUGCCUUUCGAAUUUAGGGCACUGGAGCUGGCUUUGGAAUUAGUUUGCAUGUCUCUUGAUUCUCAGGUAAAAGAACUGGAAAUGGAGAUAUAUCCUGUGUUAGAUGAGUUAGCAACAUCUAUUAGUACCCUUAAUCUAGAACGUGUGCGUAGACUCAAAGGCCAGCUUCUUGCCUUGACUCAGCGGGUUCAGAAGAUCCGAGAUGAAAUAGAACAUCUUAUGGAUGAUGAUGGGGACAUGGCUGAGAUGUAUCUGACUCAGAAGAAACAAAGGUCCGAGGCUUAUCUGUUAAGUGACGUUUGUGCUCCAACUAAUACUUUAGGUGGGACCAGAGAGGUUUCAAAUUCUUCUCCUGUUUCACCUGUGGGGGCCUUCACUAGAGCUCCAUUUUUACAAAGGGCUGUUAGUAGUAUCAUGAAUUCGAGCAAAUAUCAAAGCUCAAUGGGUUCAUCUCCUGGAGGGGAAAACAUUGAAGAACUAGAAAUGUUGCUUGAGGCAUACUUUGUCAUCGUUGACAAUACCCUGAGCAAGUUGUCAACGCUUAAAGAAUACACUGAUGACACUCAAGAUUUGAUCAAUAUUAAACUGGGAAAUGUUCAGAACCAGCUCAUACAAUUUCAGUUGCUUCUUAUUGCUGCGCUCUUUCUGGCUACAAUAUUUGCUUCUGUCACAGCAGUAUUUGGAAUGAAUUUUGAAGACUCGAUUUUUGACUAUGCAUCUACAUUAUAUUGGGCUGUGGCUAUUACUGGUGUUGCCUGUGGGUUUUUUUAUUUCUCUUUCCUAUUCUAUUUACGGCACAAGAAAGUCUUCCCGUUGUAAAUUGUGCAGUCAAAGUGCAAAAUUUUACAACGUAAUGAAGAUACGAGCUUUUUACUUUGAAA